UUUUUCCUUACCUUCAAAACAGAUGUGCCAAAAUCUCAUACCUCCCUUGAAUUUUGGCUUGGUGGAGGAAAAUCUAUAUCGAAGUGGGGAGCCUAACAAUCUUAAUUUUCCCUUUCUUGAAAAGUUAAAGUUAAAAAAAAUAAUCUAUUUAGCCACAGAACUACCAAAAAAAGAAUUAUUGAUAUUUGCUGAGGACAACGACAUUAGUUUGCAUCAUCUUUCAGAAGAUCCUUCUCAUAACACAAGCUCAUGGCCUAUGUCAGAGGAAGUAGUCCUAAAUGCCAUUCAAAUUGUUUUGCAACCUGAUAAUUAUCCUCUAAUAAUAAUGUGCAACCUUGGACGACACAGAACUGGUACUUUAGUGGGAUGCCUUAGAAAGUUGCAGCGCUGGAAUCUUACCAGUAUAUUUGAAGAAUAUAGGAGGUUCGCUGGUCCAAAGUGCGCCACUGCGGCGCGGAUACUGAAUUUGUAAACUCGCUUAUGACCAUGUUAUUGGUGUGAUGCUCUCCUCUUCUAAACUCUAAAAUUUAACAAAUGUUGGAACGCAACUUUAUUAUUAUUA